ACACUCCCACCAACCUGUGCAUAUAAAGAUCAGUUCCCAGGGACAGGUUGUAUCAGUGCAACAUUUACUCUCUGUAACUUCUCAAAAUUUCAUCUGCUUCUGGAAAUAAAGAUGGUGAAUUAUAAAGUCACUUUACAUACGGACGACAGAGUCGCUGCUGGGACUUUAAACCACGUCUACAUAAAGCUGGUCGGCACUCAAGGAGAGAGUGAACGCAAGUGGCUCAUGGGCCUCAAAGGUGCCAAAGCCUUCAAGAAAGGAGCUGUGUCCUCCUUCACUGUUUCUGCUCCCACCUCUCUUGGACAACUGGUUCUGGUAGAGGUGGACAAAAAGGCCUUUGUGGGUUUCCUAGAAGACUCCUGGUUUCUCAGCAUGGUGGAGGUGAAAUCUCCCUAUGGAGACACGUUUACCUUUCCCGUCCACCGCUGGAUCAGUGACAGCAACGUGCACCGCUUCAGGGAGGCUGCAGCUCUGAGGGUCUUAGAUGACAAGCAUCAUCUGGGCAGGUACAGUCGGGAGCAGGAGCUGAAAGUGCGAGAGGAGGCUUAUCGCUGGCAUGUGUACACGGAAGGCUUACCUCACUGCAUCAAGGCAGAGGACCUCACUUCCCUGCCAUGUGAGGUCCAGUUUUCCUUCACCAAAUCUACAGAGUUCGCAUUUACCGCAGCAUCAGGGUUGUUAGAGCUGAAACUGAAAGGCCUCGAUAACUGCAAGAAGGGGUGGACUAACAUCCAUGACAUUGAUCAGGUGUUUUGCUGCAAACAAACAGACAUAGCAGAUUAUGUCCAGAAACACUGGAAGGAAGAUUCCUUCUUUGGGAUACAGUAUCUCAAUGGAGUCAAUCCCAUCUUGAUCCGACGCUGCACAGAGCUGCCUAAAAACUUCCCUGUCACCGACUCCAUGCUGUUUCCUAGUGGUCAGAUGAGCUUGGAUGCAGAAAUACAGAAGGGAAACAUUUUCCUGUGUGACUACAAGCAUUUGGAUGGAGUGAAAACCAACACAAUCAAUGGCAAGACGCAGUACUUGAUGGCUCCACUUGUGCUGCUUCAAAAAACUGCAGACGAGAAGUUGAUGCCAAUCGCCAUCCAGCUGAAGCAGACGCCUGCAGAGGACAACCCGAUCUUCUUACCCACAGAUUCUGAGUACGAUUGGCUGCUGGCAAAGAUUUUUGUGAGAAGUGCAGAUUUCAGUGAGCACCAGCUUAACACUCACCUGCUUCGUGCUCACCUGCUGGCUGAGGUUUAUGCUGUGUCUCUGCUGCGCAACGUUCCGAUGGUGCAUCCUCUGUACAAGCUCCUCAUACCCCACACUCGAUACACUCUGCAGAUCAACUUCUUAGCUCGAAACUUAUUGAUAUCUGAGAAUGGAUCUUUCACUCAGUUUUCUGCCUCUGGUGGAGAGGGCAUGCUAACCAUCCUGCGGCGCUCCCUGUCUGCAGUUACGUACAGCUCCCUCUGUAUAACUGAUGAUAUUGCUGAGCGGGGAAUGCAGGAUGUACCAAACUACUUCUACAGGGAUGAUGGGCUGAGGCUUUGGUAUAUCAUCUACAGGUUUGUGAAAGGAGUCAUUGAGUACUACUACAAAAACGACCAGGAAGUCCAGCAAGAUACCGAAAUACAGAAGUGGAUUUCAGACAUUUUCGAACAUGGAUUCCUUUCACAAGCAAGCACCGGUAUUCCGCAAAGUUUCACAACCCUGGCAGAGCUGGUCAAAUUUGUUACCAUGGUGAUAGUCACAGGCUCCUCUCAGCAUGCUGCAGUCAACAGUGGACAGUUUGACUACGGUAGCUGGAUGCCAAACACUCCCAUCUCUUUGAAACGGCCUCCACCAACCAAGAAAGGAGAAGCAAAUGAAACCACCAUGCUGGAAACUCUGCCAGACGUCAACGUAACGGUUCAGGGCAUGGCCACCGUGUGGCUUCUUAGCCAACAGUCAAGUGAUUUUGUUCCCCUUGGCGUGUACCCUGAGGAGCACUUCACUGAGGAGACUCCCAGGAAGUUCAUAAAGAUCUUUCAAGCACAGCUGGAGGAGCUGAGCAACAACAUUAUAGCCAGAAAUAAAAAACUGGAGGUGCCGUACACAUAUCUGAACCCAAGGGAGGUGGAAAAUAGCGUUGCUAUUUAAAUAUGACAGUGCGGUACAUCCCUGGAUCAACUGAUCCAGAAUUUCCAGCUCUUUAACCUACUAAUAUCUUUUGAUUUUUGCAAUUGAAAGCUUUCUUGAAAAUGUAUUUUUGGACAUAAUUUUUUGCUAACUUAUUCUAUUCUGAUUAAACAUCUUUGAAAAACAUUCCUAACUAUAAAAAAGAAUUUGUAACAGGUUUUCUUUAUUUUUAAUUAUGGCAGGAUUUGAAUAAAAACGAAACAAAACAA